AUGCUCCGCGCCGCACAGCCCCUCCAAAACGUUCGCCAAGCCUCGAGCGCGGUGAAGCGGACCGGGAAGAAUGUCGUGCUGGUUGAGGCAGUGCGAACGCCGUUCCUGCUCGCCGGCACCGCCUACAAGGAUAUGAUGGCCGUUGAUUUGCAGAAGGAGGCGCUGAGGGCCCUGAUGAAGCGCACGCAGCUCUCGCACGACAAGGUCAACCAUAUCAUCUGCGGCACCGUCAUCCAGGAGUGCCGAACGAGCAACAUUGCCCGUGAAGCGGCGCUGCUGGCCGGGUUCCCGGAUAAGGUCCCGUGCCACACCGUCACGCUGGCCUGCAUCUCGUCGAAUGUGGCCGUCGCCGAUGCCAUUGGAAUGAUCAAGUCUGACUAUGCCGAUGCGGUGAUCGCUGGUGGCGUCGAGUUCAUGUCCGAUGUGCCGAUCCGGUACAACCGAAAGGCCCGCAAGGCCAUGCUCGGUCUCCAAAAGGCCAAGGACGCCGGGUCGAAGCUGAAGAUUGCCGGCGAAAUUGCGAAGAACCUCCUCUCCCCCGAGCUGCCCGCCAUCGCCGAGUUUUCUUCCGGCGAAACGAUGGGCCAUUCGGCUGACCGCCUCGCCGCCGCCUUCAAAGUUAGCAGGAAGGAGCAAGACGAGUUCGCCAUCCGCUCGCACACCAAGGCCCAGGAGGCGGCCAAGGCCGGCAAGCUGAAGGACAUCGAACCCGUCUUCAUCGAGGGCAAGAAGGCGCAGACCGUCAAGGAGGACAACGGAAUCCGCGUCGGCACCAUCGAGAAGCUGUCGUCACUGAAGCCCGCCUUCAUCAAGCCUCACGGAACGAUCACUGCUGCCAACGCCUCGUUUUUGACGGACGGCGCAUCGGCGUGCCUGGUCGCCAGCGAGGAAUGGGCGCUGGCCAACGGGUACAAGCCGCUCGCCUACCUGCGCGAGUACCAGUUCGUCGCCCAGGACCCAAAGGACCAGCUGCUACUCUCGCCGGCGUAUGCCAUCCCGCGUGUCCUUGAAAAGGCCGGCCUGUCCGUGAAGGACAUCUCGGUCUUCGAGAUCCACGAGGCGUUCGCCGGCCAGGUGCUCGCCAACCUCAACGCCAUGGACAGCGAGGAGUUCUGCCAGAAAUGGAUGAAGCGCUCGAAGGUCGGUCGCCUCGACAUGAACAAGAUCAACGCGUGGGGCGGCUCGCUGUCCAUCGGCCACCCGUUCGGCGCCACCGGCGUCCGAUUGCUCGCCCACACCGCCCACCGUCUGAAGGAGGAAGGCGGCCAAUACGGCGUGAUCGCCGCUUGUGCUGCUGGCGGCCACGGCGUCGGCAUGCUCGUCGAGGCGUACGGGAAG